AUGCCGAGCUUCCCUCCGCCGGGCGGCGUCACCGUCUGCGAGAUCAACCGCGACCUCGUUGUGGCGGACUCCCUGUCGGAGGAUCGCGCCAAGGAGGCCUACGGGGAUGUCCUCGGGAUGGUGUUCAGCCCAAUUCCUUUCCAGCCGGAUGAUCUCCUAGCCAAGCACGAGGCUCCUGCUCCAGACGAAGCUGAGCUCCCUGAGAGUGUCCCCAGAACAAGUUUGGUGUCCACCAUAGCCGAGUCCUUCAAGCAAAUGCUCUUCCCUUCUUGCAAUCCAAAACUGCUAGAAGAAUUUGAUACCCAGAAAGUAAGCUGGAAUCCACACAAACACUGUUUAGCAUUUGUAUCUGGGAAGGACCAGGUUACGGUCCAUGACUUUGAGGAUUCAGAUGGUAAAGAAUCGUGCAUUCUAACAAGUGAACAUCAAAAGGAAGUUAAAGCUAUUGAAUGGAGGCCAAAUAGCGGGAAGAUGAUUGCAGUUGGCUGCAACGGAGGUAUAUGCCUCUGGUCAGCAUCAUAUCCUGGCAAUGUUGCAUCCAUGAAAUCUGGUGUCACCUCUUCUUCCUUUGGUGCCUUCCCUAGAGGUUCUAGUGGUCAGUGGAUUCUGGUGGAUGUUCUUCGUGGUUCUUCUCCUGAGCUAGUCAGUGCACUUUGCUGGAAACCUGAUGGAAGAUACUUGGCCUCGGCCUCUUGUAAUGGCCAGUCAUUCACAAUUUGGGAUGUUUCUCAAGGAUUGGGAACUCCUAUACGACGCGGAUUGAGUAGCAUAUCAUUGGUGCGGUGGUCACCUAGUGGAGAUUACUUUUUGACUGCUAAAUUCGAUGGAACUUUUCACUUAUGGGAAACCAACACAUGGACGUCAGAACCCUGGUCUUCAUCCAAUGGAUAUGUAACUGGAGCAAACUGGGACCCAGAAGGUCGUGUUGCAUUGUUAUCCUUUUCUAACUCAACCACACUAGGUUCAGUUCACUUCUCAUCAAAGCCACCAUCUUUAGAUGCUCAUCUCCUACCAGUGGAGCUUCCAGAAAUUUCCUCUCUGAUUGUUAGUCGAGGCAUAGAGAAAUUAGCAUGGGAUGCUGCAGGAGAGCGUCUGGCAGUGUCAUUCAAAGAUGGUAAUGAAACAUAUCAGGGACUUGUUGCUGUCUAUGAUGUGAGAAGAUCUCCACUUGUUUCAGUUUCGCUGGUUGGAUUCAUCAGAGGACCUGGAGAGGGCGUGAAGGCGCUCGCGUUCGCCUUCCACAACAAAUUCAAGCAAGGACCGCUGCUUUCUGUGUGCUGGAGCAGCGGCUGGUGUUGCACAUACCCACUGAUACUCCGCUCCCAUUAA